CCCUCCCACGGACACCCCCACACCCACUCUCUCUGUUCUUCUCUCUGUCCUCCUGAAACCCAGCAUCUUGUUUUCUCUCCUCUCCUUGACGCACGACAGUCAUGUCAGCAAACGGCGCAGACGGGGACCUGCUGCGGAUUCCGCUGGGGCUCAUCAACAGCGGCGGGAAGUAUCUGACGGCGGAGACCUUCGGCUUCAAAAUCAACGCCUCGGCCAGCAGCCUGAAGAAGAAGCAGACCUGGACGCUGGAGCAGACCGGGGCGGACGGCAGCGUCGUGUUCCUGCUCUCCCACCUGGGCCGCUACCUCGCCACGGACAAAGACGGCAACGUCACCGCGGACAGCGAGACGCGCGGCCGCGACUGCCGCUUCGUUAUCACCGCGCACGAGGACGGGCGGUGGUCGCUGCAGUCCGAGCCUCACGGCCGCUUCCUCAGCGGCACUGAAGACCGGAUCACGUGCUUUGCGCAAACGGCCUCGCCGGCGGAGAGAUGGAGCGUGCACCUGGCUGUACACCCGCAGGUCAACCUGUACAGCUUUGCGCGCAAACGCUUCGCCCACCUGAGCGCGCAGGGGGAGCGGCAGGAGGUGUCUAUAGACCGGGAUGUCCCAUGGGGUGUGGAUUCUCUGGUGACACUGGUCUACCGCGACCAACGCUACCACCUCGAGACCUGCGAUAACCGCUUCCUGCGCAACGACGGCGGCCUGGCCACCAAGACGGACAAGGACACCGGCUACAUGCUGGAGUUCCGCUCCGGGAAAGUGGCGUUCCGCGACUGCAACGCUCGAUACCUGGCACCCGGGGGCCCCACCGGCACCAUGAAGAGCGGCAAGAGCGGCCGUGUUGGGAAGGAUGAACUGUUUGGCCUGGAGCGCAGCCACGCGCAGGUGGUGAUGACUGCGGGCAACGAGAGGAACGUCUCCACGAGACAAGGUAUGGACCUGUCAGCCAAUCAGGACGAGGAAGGGGACCAGGAAGUUUUCCAGCUGGAGAUGAGCCGUGAGGACAGGAAGUGUGCCUUCAGAACGGCUGCUGGAAAAUACUGGACGCUGACAUCAACUGGAGGACUGCAGUGCACUGCGUCCACUAAAUCAGCCAACAGCUACUUUGAACUGGAGUGGCGUGAUGGUCGCGUGUGCUUGCGCGCGGCUAACGGCAAGUACGUGACCGCCAAGAAGAACGGGCAGCUGGCUGCUGCUGUGGACAGCGCAGGUGCGACCGAACUGUUCCUGAUGAAGCUGAUCAACCGUCCACUCAUCGUCCUUCGCGGCGAGCACGGAUUCAUCGGGGCUCGUAAAGCGGGAUUGGCGACCUUGGACUCUAACCGAGCAUCCUAUGAUGUUUUCCAGCUCGAGUUCCACAACGGAGCGUACUCCCUUAAAGACUCCCAGGGGAAAUACUGGUGCGUUGGAGACGACACCGCGGUGGCGUGCAGCAGCCCCACACCUGUCCAGUUCCUGUUUGAGUUCUGUGACGUCAACAAGAUGGCCAUCCGUGUGCUGGGGGGGAAGUACCUGAAAGGAGACCACGCUGGUGGGCUAAAGGCAAGUGCAGACUCCCUGGACAGCGCCACUCUCUGGGAGUACUGAGAAAGCACAGCUGGACUUCCACUAUCAGACGCAACGCUUCACAACCAUUGAUAGAAACUGUAGGUAGCUUUCUUUUGCAUGCGUGUGCAAAGGUCUGUGCGCGUGUGUGUGUGUGUGUGUAGUUGUGACUUUGUCUGAAUGGACGUGUGGCUGAAACUGAAGCUGAUAAACUGGAAUUUGUGGGACAAAAGCACAGAGGGGUUUUUCUUCUUCUUAAUCAUCUCUUAUUACUGGGUUUUUUACUGGAGAUUUGGAUUGAAUACUUGCUGUUCUGACAUGUUUGGUAAAUAAAUCAUUGUGUGGUUGUACAUUAAUUGUUACACAAGGUGUACCUGAUAAAUGCCAGUGUAUUAGCCGUGCCUCUCUGUAACUGCUGGUGCAGAAUGCUAUAACUCACGAUUCACAAUAUCUAACUUUCCCACUGUUAACUGUCCUGCUGGCUAAGCUUCACUGCUUUUAAUCUCCCGUUCCCUUUUAAAACUAUGAAGAACAACACACAUCAGAUAGAGGGAUGUAACCGACUGACAUGUUACUGCUGUAAAUAAGGCUUUCUGUGGCACUGAGCGCAACAAAAACAUGAAAUCAUCGGCGUGUCAUGAUGCUGUAAAGACAGAAAUGAGAUGUGGCUUACAACAUGUUUUCCCCUACAUCAGCUUUCUAGUUCUUCAGAUGAGUCUGAGUGAAAGAAGAUUCUGAAGGAGCCCUCCUGUAGUUAGUUUCAGUAAACAAAGAAAAGAAAAAAAGAAAGAGCGGUAACUGCACACACAAAUGCACAUGACAUACAUAUAUAUAUAUAUUACAAUACAAGUAACCGACACGAUAAUUCCACAUGAUUUUGAGCCAAGAAUCUGCACAAUAGUGUCAUGUUAUCAUGUUAUGAUGAAGUGUUUGUCUUAGUUUGGGUUAGUUUGAGUGUCGCUGCUGCUGCUGCUGCUGGUGUGUCCACACAAGGACAGAGUCAGUCGUCUCUCUGGACUUUAUUGUGGAUUUGUGUGCCUUCCAUUGAGCAUUUCACUCCAUCCUUUUUUCAUGUUCUUACAUUUGAAGUGAACUGAGUAAAACCUCCAAUAAAGUUUCACCUCUUGACAGCG